GUCUGGCUGCUCUGCCAUGUGUGCAGUGUUGAUUGUGCACACUAGUGAGACCCAGGACUGGGCCACUUAUUUGAGGCUCAUCCUGGAGGCAUCACAUCACUUCUCUCAGGAUUCCAUUACUUUUUAUCUUGCUGAUGAAGGCAAAUCACUGCAGGAUGACGACUAUUCGAAUUUUUCUUCCAGCAAAUGCAUCGUGCUUUUGGUCUCAGUGGCAUUCUUAGACCUGCACAGCAAACCAGAUGCGCAGGGCACCUUCAAGAAGGUUCUUCAGCCUCCAUGUAAAGUUGUAGCGUUUAUGUGUGGGGUGUCUGAGAGCGAUGGCUUAAUGGACUACUUUCAGCACUGGGACCUUUGGCGGAAGCUGGAUUCAGAGGAUGACCCAUCAAAAUACAUCUCAACAGUCCUUGAGGUUAUGGCUGAGGAAAAUGUUGAAGAGUGUGAUCAAGAUCAACAUCAAGAUCAACAUCAAGAUCAACAUCAAGAUCAACAUCAAGAUCAAGAUCAAGACCAAUACCAAUGGAGGACUGAGUAUGAAAUCCCACCACCGAAACAAAGUACAGACCUGACUGCCUCAGAAUAUGGCCUGACUGCCUCAGAGUAUGGCCUGACUGCCUCAGAGUAUGGCCUGACUGCCUCAGAAUAUGGCCUGACUGUCUCAGAGUAUGGCCUGACUGCCUCAGAAUAUGGCCUGACUGUCUCAGAGUAUGGCCUGACUGCCUCAGAGAAUAACCUGACUGCCUCAGAGGAGCCGGAGAAGAUAGAGCAGUGUCACCAGUUCCCCCCAUUAGAUGAGGAUCCACAUGUCUCAGAUAGAAACCCAACACAACCUGUGAGUCCAACACAACCUGUGAGUCCAACUGCAGUAUCAUCAGAAGAGCAGGCCUGUCUGACUGUCCAACCACACAGAAUACUUUGUGGGGCUCAGGUGGAUGUUUAUGUCAUCAUGGUUAAGAAGCUGGACAGUCAGGCCAGUGUGGAAGUGGAAUUUUGCUGUAAACGUUCAACAAAACUCGUGCCUGGAGUGCUUGUGAACGACUACAUUGUCAGAGCUCAGUCACCUGAUAUGCCAGCUGGAGAUGUGUCAUUACAUCUUUAUACUAAUGAGUCAAUUCUGUGCUCAACGACUGUGACAUACUACACAGAAAUGGAGGAAAUUAGCAGUUAUCUUGAGAAAGUGAUGGAUCCCAUACAGUUCAUGUGUCAGGCAUUUCAAAUUUCGUCAAAUGCAUCUGAGGCAUUGGAUGAUUUGUUUACAAAUUCACUCAAGAAUCGGAUGCCUGCGAAUGGAUUGCAAGUAUUUGGAGUUAGUCAGCUUGAACAGGAGAAUACACUGGCAAAUCAGCGGAACUCAGAACUCCCGACGUUGCUUCACUUCUCAGCCAAGUACGGCUUAAAGAAACUGACCAGCAUGUUGCUGCAGUGCCCUGGAGCCUUGCAGGCCUACAGCGUAGUGAACAAGAAUGGGGAUUACCCAAACACUCUGGCAGAGAAGAGCGGUUUCUCUGACUUGAGACAGUUCAUGGAUAACUAUGUCGAGACAGUGGACUUGGUGAAGUCUCACAUGGAGGAAACCAUAACAAAUCCAGCUGAUGCAGACAUCUAUGAGCCGAUGGCAAACGCCUCGCAAAAUUUCGUCACAAAGUACUCCAUCCAGGAGGACAUAUACGAGUCCAUGAUGGAGCUGAAUCCUGAGAUGCAGUUGUAUGAGGACUUGAGCUGUGCCUUAAAUGAGUCUGAUAACCCAGAGGAAGCUAUGUUGAGAAAAUUUUUUGAAGUAAAACCAGAGGAGUAUUCGGAGAACAGUCAAGAAGAUGGGGUGAAUAAUGGUUAUCCAGGCACAAGAGCUGAUGAGGAAGAUGAACAUUUAGACAUCUAUGCAGUGGAGGAGGAGGAGGAGGAGGAGGAGGAUCCAUAUAAGAUCUGCUGUGCAGAGGAAAUCUAUGACACUGUAGAUGAGCAUGAGAGCUCUGCAGUGCUGAAUCGUCCACCAGCCCCGAUUCCUCGGCCAGCCGCAUCAUCUGAGCCUGAUGAAUGCAAAACCUACAUAGCAAGUGUGUUCUCCUCCAAGGAAUCAUUAUAUUCACUAAGCGGCCGCACAGACAGCCAGCCUUCUAAUGCUUCAGUGUGGCCGGUGAGAGACAACACCCUCAGCAGUGCUCAUGACCCCUACGCUGGCAUGAAGACUCCAGGCCAGAGGCAGCUCAUCUCCCUGCAGGAGAGGGUAAAGGUGGGGGCGCUGACCGUGGAGGAGGCAGUGCAGGAGUUCAAGGCUUGGCAGUUUGACCAGGAAAAACGGUCUCAGUCCGUUCGCUUUCAGCAGGAGAAUUUGCAAAGAUUACGAGACAGCAUAACUCGACGGCACAAAGAGAAAGGAAGAAGUGGAAAGGUGGAGGAUCUGGAGAUAACCGCUCCCAUGCAGAGAAGCCUCCAGUGGGGUUCUCAUAUAAAUGUAGAGUGUUCAGUGUAUGAGCCCACCCCUCGUUCUGUGAUCCUGCCACCUCCCGUUAGCAGACCCCCACAGAGAGGAACCUGGCAGACAGGAAGCGCGUCCAGCACGUCUAGUAGCGGCAGCAACAGGCUGAGCACGCUGAGCACAAUCAGCUACAGCAGCGGAGCAGACGGCGAACUCGAGGAGCCUCCGGAGAUCGCUCCUCCUCCUCGGCCUCCACGCCCAAUGGUGGAACCUCCGCCCAUUCUCCCCCCACCCAGAGUCCCUCCACGCACACCUGAACGACUUCCAGAGAGCAUGCUACAUGAGCGUUAUGUAUCAAGUCCGGCUCGUGUACUCCACCAUGUCCCUCCACAGAGGCCCAUCCCUCCACCACCUGUACCACGACGGCCACGGUGAUCGCCACCUCAUCCUUGCUUUCUUGUCAGUUAUAACAAGCUUGUGGAUUUGUGAAAGAAAAGGACUUUUCACAAUGAGAGAAGCAGAAAGCCAUGGAACAUAGACUUCUCUUCAUGACUGCCCUCUAGUGGCCAUGACUGCAUGGACAGCUGUAAAGGAUUACUGCAACGUAUGACAAGUGUUAUGGCGCUUUCGAGGUUUUCUUCAGCAACAUGAAUGAGAUUUUAGAACAUUUUACAAUUUACAACAUAGAAGUAGAACAUUAUAAAAUGAGAAGCACUUGAAAAUGAAGCAAUAUAAAUUACUAAAUUGAAAAAUCCAUAUCUUGACACACUGAUAAACUGAUAACUGGUUCUGUCACUGGUUAAAUCCAUAUCUUAACUCACUGAUAAACUGAUCACUAGUUUUGUUGCUGGUUAAAACCAUAUCUUAACUCACUGAUGAACUGAUCACUGGUUCUGUCGCUGGUUAAAUCCAUAUCUUAACUCACUGAUAAACUGUCGCUGGUUAAAACCAUAUCUUAACUCACUGAUAAACUGAUCACUGGUUCUGUCGCUGGUUAAAACCAUAUCUUAACUCACUGAUAAACUGAUCACUGGUUCUGUCGCUGGUUAAAACCAUGUCUUAACUCACUGAUAAACUGAUCACAGGUUCUGUCGCUGGUUAAAUCCAUGUCUUAACUCACUGAUAAACUGAUCACAGGUUCUGUCGCUGGUUAAAUCCAUGUCUUAACUCACUGAUAAACUGAUCACAGGUUGUCGCUGGUUAAAUCCUUCUGCACAUAUGAACAAUUAUUAAGCCAGGCCCUUUAAAUGUUUUUGGCCUCAUGGGCAGUAUGUCAUGGUUAAUCCAGUCCAAUCAAUAUUACCUUUAUCAGAAAAUCUUUUUGUUUGUUUGUUUGUAUUUAUUCACAAAUUAAACAGUCACUUUUGGCCAAA